AUAAUCUUCAUUUAUUCAAGAAAAUAACUAAGGAACAGUAGCGCAAUCAUCUUGUCGCACGGUCAUGAUAAAUGAUAAAUGAACUUGUGUAUUCGGUUUACGUUGCGCCCGUCAAGGAUCCACGGAUUUGUUACACGCUGGCUGAAUUUACGAACGGUGCACGAGGCAACGAAAAUUCGCACAACGAGAUCACCGGGUCAAUGGAAUGCGGCAAAAAACUCACGUCGUAUUAGGUGUUCUCGCGCUUCUUUGCCAAGGGAAAAAUUUAUGAUCGACUUAGCGAAGGGAAAUUUUAUUUUUCUCCCGGCGCGCCCACGCGAAGGAUAAUCCUCUGUUGCUGGCGUGUUUGCCUCACAAGAUUUACUUUGUCGUCUUUGAUAUGUUACAGUGUGAUGCUCACGCGAUGAAGUUACCCUUCAGGCGCGCACAAGUGUCGCGCGGUUUAAAACUUUGUUGCGAAUUUUCUGAACUAGCAAUUUAUAGUAUUCAACGUUUAUCAAAUAAUUUUGAACUUGUUUUCAAAAAUGAAUUAUUCAGCUUAUUUGCAAACACGCGCAGCUAUUUUGGCUAAAUUGCUCUCGAGUUUUGACAACAUUUAGGUAAGCGCAUACCACGCGUGCUUACUUUGUGAACCCUAAAGGCAGACUGGAUAAGGAUAUGCAUGAAUUUGCUUUCGCAAAGUGAACAUAGAGAUAUUUUAUUUCAGUUAUAUAUCCAUUUAUAUUAUUAGAUGGUAUCGUUUCGUAUUCAAUGGUAUAUAUUCAUUUACAUUAUUAGAUAAUACACAAAUAAAAAAAAAUUUAUUUAAUUAAUCAUAGAAAUCUAGACAGAGGAAAUUUUUCAAACAUCGAAGAAGAAAGAUGUUUCGAACUGCGUCACAUUUGACUUUCGCGUAAAAUCGAACAGACAUUCGAUAAACGAGUAACAUGGACAUUCCGGAGACAUUAUAUUACCAUUUUUAUGGUCUUCUUGGUUAGCGUCCCACUAUCAGUUUCCAUCGAAAAUGUCGUAACGUACAUGUGUCAACGUACUGGCCAGAAAUCUAUCAAUAAGAGGGAGAUCUUCGCAUUCUAUCAAGGUUUCGGGAAUACUAUAUAAAGGCGUGUAUAUAAAGGCGUCUCUUCAAAUUCGAUUUUAUAACACAGUCGCGAUCAGCACCAUGAAUACUUUGACCGUCGUCCUUUUCUGCGUGCUCGCAGUGGUUGUAUCCGCUGCACCUCCGCAUUUUGCGCAACAAGAAUUCAUCCCCAUUUUGGCUUCGAACCUGGACGGACCGAACGUGGACGGUUCAUACAGCUACAGUUUCCAGACCGGAAAUGGCAUCCAAGCACAGGAGCAAGGCAGCCUUGUCAAGAUCUCCAAAGACGAAGACGCCAAUCGUGUUCAGGGAUCCUUCAGCUACACCGAUGUCGACGGCAAUCCUAUCAGCCUGAGUUACACCGCAGAUGAAAACGGUUUUCAUCCCAGCGGCGAGCAUCUGCCGGUCGCGCCUCCGAUUCCCGAUGCCAUCCUGAAAGCCUUGGAAUACAUCUCCCAGCAUCCCGAGGAGGAUAACCUGUAGAAGUGUUACAGUAACGUACAGAUCGCUCAGACUGAAAUCUUAUUGGUAAUUCUGUGAUCUUACAAUCGUUAGUGUGCGAAAUCUCAUACCGUUGGUACAAAAACACAAGAUGUGAAAUACUUAAUCAAGUGUGAAGAAUUUAACAGAAGUAAAACAGACGAGUACCUGUAAUCUAUUAUACACUGUAUCUUAUCUAUCAUACUCAAAUAGUGUAAUUAAGCCAAAUCGAUCCGAUAUAAUUAACCGUGAGUUAAAGCUUAAACCAUAAUGGAAAUCUAUUGUGAAUUAAUUAGAUAGAAAUUAUGUUUAUCGAGAUAUUGGGACUUCAUACUUCUAUUUGCAAUUCUAUUUGUAUUCAAAUAAUCGAGCAAAUUUCCUUUGGCGGGAGCGUUGUCCCGGGAGUGAAUUAGUGCAGUCAAUUAGCACCUGCUGCAUUAAUUAAGGAACCAUGUAGCGCGCAUACUAUGUACACAAAGUCACUACUGCCGCAACGUUUAUAUUAAACGCUACUUGUAUCGAUAAAAUAAACCUGCUUUAAACGUUGA